AUGUCUCUCCGAAUCGCAAGAGCCGUCACCACCCUCACCCCCCUCGUCGCCCGCCCUCCCCGGGCCGCAACCUUCCACACCUCGGCCGCGCCACGCAAGGUCGUCAACACGGGCGACGCAAAAGACGACCUCGGCGGUCCCGGCGGCCAGGACCCCCCGCCGCGCAAGGCGACCAUUUUGCAAGACUGGCCCUCCAUUGCCGCCAUGGGCGCCGUGGCCGUCGUUGUCGGCGGGGGCGUCGUGUACUUUACGUCGAACCCGAGAAAGGCGGAGAAGGUCCGGCAGAAGACGAUUGAUACGCAGGUGCUCGUUGGGGACAAGGCGGAGGAGGCGAAGGGGUAUGUGAAGGAUAAGGCGAAGGAGGUGGAGGCGGAGGCGAAGAAAUUCACGAGGUGA